GUAAUUAUCUCCAGAAGAUGGCAGUAAUGCAAUAUGUAAGUUGCCAUUAAAACCCAAAGAAGAAGUAGUAGUAGCAGCGUCUUCACAACAAACUAGUCUGAAGACUUCUUCCUCUUGUCUUUAUCUUGGUAUUUUUCACAAAACAUGAUGAAUAUUUUAAAGUUAGCUCUGAUGAUGAUGACAGUUCUUGUUACAUCACAGAAAGCUUCAGUCUUUACAAAUGCCUUUGAGGAAAGGGGAAAUAAUUGCUCCACAGUAGUGGUGACUGAUCCUAUCAUCAGUGUAAGGAUACAACCUGAAAGUAUUCCAUGUGUGAAGGCCAUCAUUUUUGAGACUGAUCGAGGGCAUUUCUGCUCUGAUCCCAGACAACCAUGGGUGCGAAGAAAAGUUCUGCAGUUUUUCAGAACUUUAAAAAAGACAUUCAACUGACAUUUGCACCACGAUCAUCCAUUAGUAAGUGAACUAAUGUGGAAGGAUCUGCUUAAGCUUCAGACAUAUCAUGGAUCAUAAAUGUCUAAAAGUAAACUCAAUAUGAAAUCAACAAAUCUCGUAGAAAGUAUUUUUAAAACCAUUUUUAAACUUUUGCUUUUGUAUAAUGGAAAUAUUUACAUGAUUUACAUUAAAUAUAGUAUAUUGUAAAUUACAUUGAAGAUACAGAGCAAGCUGACAGUGAUGAAUCUUAAACUGAGCUACACUAAAACAAAUUGUUAGCUUAGAUUAUAAUGUAUUUCACAUUGAAAAAUAGUUAAUUCACAUCACUGCUAGUAGACAGUUGACUGAUAGAAGUACUGAUAAAAGUCUGAGUGAAUUGCAGAUUGAUUUAUAUGAAUUUCUUUGUCAGUGUAUGAUGCAAAUCAACUGAAAUCUGAAACUGGAAAUAAAUUGUGAUCAGCAACUAC